GAGAUGUUUAGCAUUUCACACAUAGCUAAUUAAAAUAGUAAAACAAAAGAAAAGAGAAAAAAACAUGAAUGAAAACAGACACAGGUAUCAAGGUGAAUGAUGGAUAAAUGAGUGGUAAAAACCAAACAAAGGAACUUGUAAAUUGGGCAGCACAGAAACAAGGUAUCAACAGUUGGCAGGACAAUCUCACCACAAUAUGCAUUUCAUUAGAAGCUUAUAACACCACCAGAGUUAAUGAUAUAAAAUGUCUGCAAAUAAAUGUGUAAUACGACUAGAUUUAUAUGCUAUACAUUUUGUUUUUUCACUAAUUUACUUUUACUAGUAAUUUUUUUUCAAAUCAAUAUCUUUGUUUUCCUCUCCAGAGUGGAGCAUCCUGCUGCAGGCUACAAGAAGAUCUUUGAGACGGUGGAGGAGCUGAACGAACCUAUUCCUGCAGAGAUUAAGGGUGUCAUACCGUCAUGGCUGGGCGGCAGUCUUCUCCGGAUGGGUCCAGGUCUUUUUGAGGUGGGAGAUGAGCCUUUCCACCAUCUGUUUGAUGGACAGGCUAUGAUUCACAAGUUUGACCUGAAGGACGGUCAGGUGACCUACUACAGGAAGUUUAUCAAAACAGAUGCGUAUGUUCGUGCCAUGACAGAGAACAGAAUAGUCAUCACUGAGUUUGGCACAGCAGCCUACCCAGACCCCUGCAAAAACAUCUUCUCCAGAUUCUUCACUUAUUUCAGAGGCAUUGAGGUGACUGAUAACUGCAUGGUGAACAUCUAUCCAGUCGGUGAAGACUUCUACGCCGUCACGGAGACCAAUUUUAUCACUAAGGUUGAUCCUGAUUCGCUGGAGACUUUGAAGAGGGUUGACUUAUGUAAGUACCUCUCAGUGAAUGGGUUGACGGCCCAUCCCCACAUUGAAGCAGAUGGUACAGUCUAUAACAUCGGCAACUGCUUUGGAAAGAACUUGAGUCUGGCUUAUAACAUCGUCAAGAUCCCACCUGCUCAGAAAGAUGGGUCAGAUCCCCUGGAGAAAUCCCAGGUUGUUGUUCAACUCCCCAGCAGUGAGAGGUUAAAACCCUCCUACGUACACAGCUUUGGUAUGACGGACAACCACUUUGUGUUUGUGGAGCAGCCGGUAAAAAUCAACCUGCUCAAGUUCCUGUCGGCUUGGAGCGUCAGAGGGGCCACAUACAUGGACUGCUUUGAAUCCAACGAAAGCAUGGGGACAUGGUUUCACUUGGCCACUAAGGACCCAGCUGAAUAUUUGAGCAGCCACAAGUUCAGAACAUCAGCUUUCAACAUCUUUCACCAUAUCAACGCCUACGAGGAUGAGGGCUUCAUCGUGGUUGACCUCUGCACGUGGAAAGGUCAUGACUUUGUGUACGACUACCUGUACCUGGCCAACAUAAAGCAGGAGUGGGAGGAAGUGAAGAAAGCUGCGAUGAGAGCUCCUCAGCCUGAGGUCCGGCGAUAUGUACUGCCACUGGAUAUACACAAGGAGGAGCAGGGAAAGAAUCUGGUGUCUCUUCCCUACACCACAGCAACUGCUGUUCUUAACAGCGAUGGCACCAUUUGGCUCGAGCCUGAAGUCCUCUUCUCUGGACCAAGACAGGCCUUUGAGUUUCCCCAGAUAAACUACUCUCUGUGUAGUGGGAAGAAAUAUUCCUUUGCGUACGGUCUGGGACUCAACCACUUUAUCCCUGACAGGAUAGUCAAGCUGAAUGUACAGACCAAAGAGACCUUGGUGUGGCAGGAGGAGGACUGUUACCCAUCCGAGCCGCUGUUUGUACCAACACCUGGAGCUACAGAGGAAGACGAUGGUGUGCUGCUGAGCAUCGUGGUGAAGCCGGGUGCAGAGAGACCGGGCUUCCUGCUGGUGCUGGAUGCCGUGAAACUCACAGAGCUGGCACGGGCCGAGGUCAACAUCAUCAUACCCGUGACCCUCCACGGCCUGUACAAACCGUGACUCCAACAUUCAACCUAAAAAAGCCAAGACACGUCCUUAUAUACAGCACAACGCCUUCACUUUCCUGCCAGCACACUACAUUUGUAACUAGAAAUGGAUCCACAAAGUAGCUUUUUUUUGCAUUGAAUUAAAACAUAAUUUGUGUAACCAUGCCAUUGGGACCUGAUAAAACACAUUAGAUUUACGAUGUUGUUAAAUAGAAUGGAAUUAAUGUUUUUUCCACCCUUUGGUGCAAACUGGCUCACAAUUGAACAGUAUCUUUUAGCUGGUGGAGUGACUGUGUACAGAGAGUUUACUUCAAAAAUAAUUACUGCAUGUUGUGUAUGAGUUUAUGUAAAGCAGGUGUCAUGUACAAACACAAUAUUUAAAACAUUUAUUUAAAAAGCUGGUUGCAUAAUUUGCUUCUUUAUGGUAUACAAAUAAAAA